UCGGAACUUGUCCUUUGGACUUGGCACGCCCUUUGAGUAUCUGGUAACAGCUGCGCCUUUCAGCACACGCAGUUCACUCUUUUGGUGUGGUGGCUCUUCUGUGUUUUUAUAAAGGGUCGACUGAACAACUACCUGCGAAGUGUGUCAAGGCAUUCCGACCAUCAAAUCCAUCCAAACAGUUCCCCAUCUGAUGUUAACAUGUCUGAUACCAGAUAUAACUGUGACUUGGAGUCAGACUCUAGUGUUGAUUUUUCCCAAAUGAACUAUCGCCUGGACUCAUUCCGUGGUUCCACUCUGGCUCAGCAAGUGCCAGCAAAAAGACUGGCCCAAGCGGGAUUCUACUUCACAGGCCACGCUGAUCGUGUCCGCUGCUUCAGCUGCCACAAGACUGUGGAAAACUGGUGCAAGGGCGACACGCCUGUAGAGAGACAUAAACAGGUUUCUCCAUCAUGCAAGUUUCUCAACUGUGUCCAUGUCAGUUUUAACCCAAAUUCUGAUGCCAUGCUGAUUAACGGCUCUAACUACAAUGAAGAAGCAGAAGACAUGGACUUUCUUUUAAGAACAGGAGAGGUAGUUGAUCAGUCCAUCUACCCCAUCGCUGCUCAUAUGAGAAGUGAAGAGUCCCGGCUUCAGACCUUUUCUUCUUGGCCCUCAACUGCUCCUGUUAGUCCUCGAGAUCUGGCACAAGCUGGCCUCUUCUACUCUGGAGAAAGUGACCGUGUGCAGUGUUUCUGCUGUGGUGGGAUUCUGGCAGGCUGGGAAAUAGGUGAUAGUGCCUGGGGAGAACAUUCCAAACAUUUUCCUCGCUGCUUCUUUGUUCUUGGGCACGACGUGGGCAACAUCCCUUACCUGAUUGAUAGAGAUGAGGAGAGCAGCAGCAGACGACACACAAACUCCAGAGGCCCCAUGGAGAGGUUUGAGGACAGGCUGCGUAGUUUCAGAGGUGUCCAGCAUCCUGUAGACCAUGAGAGGCUUGCUCGAGCUGGCUUUUACAGUGCAGGGACAGGGGAUAAAGUGUUGUGUUUCUGCUGUGGCGGAGGCUUAAAAGGUUGGCAGCCAGUGGAGGAUCCUUGGGAAGAACAUGCAAAACAUUACCCUGGAUGCAGUUUCUUGUUGGCAGAAAAGGGACAGGAAUUUGUCAACAGAAUCCAGCUCAAAGUCCCUCAGAGGAACAUGACUACUUCAAGUAAUCACAACGGAUUGUUAGGCAAACAGAAUGAUGUGCAAACUUUUUUCCUCUCCUCUCAGAUAAAGAUCCAACUGAACAACUACGCAAACUGCAAAUGGAGAAACAGUGCAAAGUAUGCAUGGACAGAGAUUCUUGUAUGGUCUUCAUCCCCUGUGGCCAUCUGGCCACAUGCAGUGAGUGUUCAGAGUUACUGAUGAAGUGUCCAAUCUGCUGUGCCAUCAUAAAACAGAAGAUCAAAACUUACAUCUCUUAACAGACUCGCCUAAUGGGGCUAAAUGUCAGUGCUGCUUUCUCAUAAUCUUUAUUAUAUUGUAUUUUAACAGUACAUGUAGAUAGUGUGUAUUAUAUUUAAAGGUUGUUUUCAUGAGAAUGAGACUGUAAACACAAGAAAAAAUUACGCACAGGAAGAUGGUAAAUGGUUGAUAGAGAUUAAGAUUGUCCAUUAAUGUUGAAUAUAUUAAACAAUAUUGAGCAUAUUAUGACACUUGUAUGUCAACACUAAAGGACUCUUCUCAAUCUGCAACACUCUUGCCAGAUGUGCCUUUCUCCAAUUUUGUGUACCCCAUUUAUGUUAUCUUGCGCUUUUAAAUUUGACAUUGAGGUUACUUUAUUUGUCUCGACAUUGGAAAGAUUAGCCGUUUCAUAGAUGCUCCUAAUCUCUGGUGUAGGUUUUGUUUAAUUUUCUCAUUAACUGACAUUUUUUCCUCUGUAUAAGUAAAUUGAAAAAGGAUUGUUGUAAUUUACCAUUCCAUCAUGUGAUUAAUAUGAUUUGUACAACUUUUGUGUGAAGGAUUUUUAACUAAAGGUGGUGGGGCUUUGUGUCAAAACAGCUAAAUUGCAGACGUGUUGCUGAACUGACUAAUAAAACUUGUUUAAAAUCAAA